AUGAUCGGGCUCAAAUUAAUUGCUUUCAAGAUAUAUGUCCAUAGAGAGGAUGAUAUAAAUAGUGUUUGGAGCUUUUAUUAUGAUGGAAUUAAUCCUCCUUCUACAGUUAUUAAAGGCGAAAAUCAACAAGUCACUCCAACAGAAAACAAAUGUUUUGCAUACAACUGCAAAUUCAGUAACCUUCGUGAUAGAGCAAUUAAGUUCACAGAUACUGUUGGCUAUUCGAUUUUACUCUGCGAAAACGUUUAUUCACAAGGUCCAGGUACAAUAUCUAUAUCUAGUUCUAGCAAAAGUGAUAUUAUUAUUGACAAAUUCUGUUCAUUUGAAAGUCAAGCUCCUUCAGAUGGCCAAUUUGCUUUUUUCGAAGGCAAAAUCAACAGUACAAUCAUCCAAGGAUCAAUUUGUAAUGGAGGAAAUAGUUCAGUAUCUAAAAUGAUUCACAAAUUUGAAGGAAUUGGAUCACUUUCUAAAACUAACGUUUCUAACUGUAUUUCAUUAUGGAUGCCAAGUUUUUAUUUUGAUACUUUGGACUCAACAAUUAAUAUUUCAUUUUGCAAUUUUGAGAAUUUAAAAGCAACUGAACGUACGAUUUCUGCUAUCUGGGGUUGCCCAGGAACAAUUGAACGUUCUAAUUACAUAAAUAAUUCUCAAGAACUAUAUGGUUACUUAGUUUCUGCUUCUCAUAGCAGACUUAAGAUUUUGGAUUCAUCUUUCCAAAACAAUCUACGGAAUAACGAAGGUGUGAUAUUUUAUGGAUAUUUUGAAAAGAUUUAUAUUCGUCGAUGCAGUAUUGAUAAUUUUUCAUAUAGUGGAAAAGUUGAUACAUCGGAACUAGGAGAAUCUUCAUUUAAAAUUAUAUUCAAAUUCAAUGAUUUUCCUCUAUGCGAAACAGAUUUUGAAUAUUUAGUAUUGUUUGAACCAAAGAAAGAAAAACCUAAAUUUUUUCAAUUUGGUAAGUAUUAUAUUUCUGUUUUAUUAAUAAGUUAA